ACCUCGGAAGCAAAACUCUCCGGGGAGCGCAUGACCCCGGAACCGGAAGCCGCCGGCCAGUCCCGCCCUCCCGCUCACCGUCCGGUAGCCAUGACCGCGCGCGGGACCCCGAGCCGCUUCCUGACGAGCGUGCUCCAUAACGGGCUGGGUCGCUACGUGCAGCAGCUGCAGCGCCUCAGCCUCAGCCUCAGCCGGGAUGCGCCCUCGUCCCGCGGCGCCAGGGAGUUCGUGGAACGCGAAGUGACCGACUUCGCCCGACGGAACCCCGGGGUCGUGAUAUACGUGAACCCGCGGCCGUGCGCCGUGCCCAGAAUUGUGGCCGAAUACCUUAACGGGGCCGUGCGCGAGGAAACUGUCAACUGCAAGUCGGUGGAGGAGAUCGCGUCACUGGUGCAGAAGCUGGCAGACCAGUCCGGUUUGGAUGUGAUCCGUAUCCGCAAGCCCUUCCACACGGACAACCCUAGCAUCCAGGGCCAGUGGCACCCCUUCACCAACAAACGGACGGCCCCCCGCGGGCUGCGGCCCAGAGAACUCGAGGAUCCUGCUCCAGCUUUGGUGCAGGCACAGUGAAGAACCAGGCCUUGGGUUCCUCUUUCGGAUGUCAAGCUCAGGCAAAUACAAGGAGCCGAUCAGCGGGGGCGUGGCCCGGGGUAAAGAAGAGCUGGCUAGAAUUGCCCACUGCUAGGUACAGUGACCUUGUGACUUCCCUAAUUCUGAUUCAGUUGGCCUCCUUGCGAGCUGUGAUGUGAGAAGGCUUCCAGGUGUUGUACAGGGUCCUUACUUUCUGGAGUCCAAAGAGAACUGAUUCCAAACACGGAAGGGUCUGGAGGCUGGUUUCUGGCGGACUCACGAUGCCCUUUGCUCUUGCUAUGGCCUGGCAUUGGGCAAGGCACCUUAUAUCUGUGUGUGUUUGUGUGCAGAUUAGAAAGCUGAAGUCAUUAA